UCUCUCCGGCUACAAAUCUUGUUCCUCCGGGUGGACGGGUGGAGGUUCUCGUCUGCGGAGAGGCUGUUCCCGCGGAUGAGGAGGGGAUCCUGACCCUUGCCGCCGGGCUCCGUCCGUUCCCUUCCCGGAUCCUCGCCGCCGCCGCCGGCGUGCCGGGAUGGGUUUGUUGAUCUGCCUCUGCCUCCUCCAGCUCCUCCUCCUGUGCCCCUCCCGAGCAGCCGCGCAGCCGCCGCCGUCCGCUCGUACCCUCGACGCAAUGCUGCAGGACUACGCGUACCGGGCCUUCCUCCGCCCGCGCACCGGCAUUGUCUACAACGCCACGCUGCCCGCCGACCUCGCCGCCGGCGUCGCGGUCUCGGGAGUCCGCCUGCGCAGCGGCAGCCUGCGGCGGAAGGGCUUCCCGGGCUACUUCGAGUUCGCCAUCCCGGCCGGCGUCAUCGUGCAGCCCUACGUCGAGCGGGUUGUGCUCGUCUACCACAGCCUCGGCCUGGGCGGCGGCGGCCUGCCCCAGAGGUACUACCCGCUGCCCGGGUACACCUACCUCGCGCCCGUCCUCGGCCUGCUCUUCUACGACGCCGCCAACCUGUCCGCGGUGGGGCUGCCCGAGCUCAGCGUCGUCGCGUCGGGGAGCCCCAUUUCCGUCAGCUUCAGCAAUGUCAGGGCCGUGCCGCCGGGCAGUCCGGCGCCGCAGUGCGUGUGGUUUGAUCUCGAUGGGGUGCCGCAGUUCCGGGACCUGGAGGCCAACAACGUCUGCUCGACGUAUCGCCGGGGCCACUUCUCCAUUGUGGUCAACUCUAGCGAGCUUGCUCCUGCUCCGGCGCCUUCAGGCGCAAUCGCCCCGCCGAUACCGUCUGACGGUGGCAAUGCUAAGGGCCGUAAAGACGCAUGGAAGAUUGCCGUCGGCGUUGUUGGGGGAGUCAUCGCAUUGGGGCUGUUGGCUACGCUUCUGGUCUGCUGCGUCAGAUAUAAAAGGGAGAAGAGGAUGGCGGCCAUGGAACGGAAUGCAGAGGUCGGGGAGACUUUGCGCAUGGCGCAGGUUGGCCGGUCGCAAGCGCCUGUAGCGUAUGGGACGCGGACGAAACCUGUGAUCGAGAGCGAGUAUGUUGCAUAGUUCAUUUUUGGUUUUCUGCGGAGUUCAGGCAACAACAACAACAACAGCAAAGGCUCUAUGGUUAUGCCCUGAGACAUGGAAAUGCCGAUCGGUCAGAGAAAACAUUCCAUUUCAAUGAUGGUGCUGUGGAUUGCUAGAUUUAGGGCUCAGUUUCUGCUCCUUGUGGGUUUGCACAUUCUUUGGAGGUCUGUUUAGAAGUUUGAUUGUUCUGCAAUGGUUACUGGUCAUGUUCAUAGUUGCCAUGUUCUUAGUGGGGGUUCAUCUCCAAGCAAGCAAUGGAGAAGAGAUAUUUAUCAUGUCAGAUUUGGAAUCCCUCGAUUAUUUUUUCAUUGUUGUGUUCAAAAGGAACUGGGCCUGGCAAUAAAGCUGAGGUAAUAUUCAUUGCACAUGACAUCCUGAUGAUCCAGUGAAAUUCAUACAAGUUUCAAUUCAACCCCAUUUUGGCUACUCCUGUUUAGACACCUGCUUAAUGUGAUGUACUCCUACAACUGUACAUGUCCACUCGAUUUAGUUUGGUUUGGUUUAACUCAUCUGCUUAUUUGAAUUUGUCACCUGUUAAUUGUUAUAACAUGCAGUUUGUGUGCAAUCAGA